CUUUGAAUGUGUCUUAGCCAGCCAGCAGAUGACUGUUUAUAGUAUGAAUGAAUGACAUUAUGGAGCAGAACCACCGCAGAAUAAUUCCAGUGUCUUUGGCAGGACACAUCUAUAAAACAUAAUGCCCAAUAUCGAUUUCAUAAUACGAUGUCAUUUGGUAAUUUAUCCACUGGGUGGCGAUCAAGAUCAUGUUUUUAAUCCUCAAAGUACCAUGUAUUUUCUCUCUACCAUUGAUCAUUCCUUGACAAUAGCAGUUGUGCUUUCACAUAGUAUCUUGAAGCUCUAAAAUGAAACCCUUGAUAUAUACAUUGCUGAGUAAACCCUAUAUUCAUGGUAAUUAGAACCUGGAUGCAUUAGCAUGUUAAUUAUGAGAGAUUAGCAGAUAAUCCCCAGAUCUCUGUUCUAUCACUAAUUACUCUGUUUCCCCUCUGAGUUUAAUUGCUGUUACAGUACCACCCUUUAUAUUCCCACAGCAGCACAGUUUGAGAGAUGGCGGCUCCCAGAAAGAUAGCGUUGUUUCGCCUGCCUCCCCUACCCACCAUUGGGGAGGUAAUCAAGCUGUACAACCUGAGAGCAUUGAAACAGCUGUCCCAGAACUUUCUGCUGGACAUGAGGCUCACAGAUAAGAUUGUACGCCAGGCAGGCAGUCUGAGGGACGCCCAUGUGUGUGAGGUGGGUCCAGGACCUGGAGGGCUGACCCGCUCCAUCCUCAAUGCUGGGGCUGCAGACCUGCUGGUGGUGGAGAAGGACAACCGCUUCAUACCCGGACUAAACCUUUUGUCUGAAGCGGCACCAGGGAAGCUCAGGGUUGUCCAUGGUGAUAUACUCACGUACAGAAUGGACCGAGGAUUCCCAAAAGUCAUAACCAAGGCAUGGGAGGAUGAUCCACCGGACCUGCAUAUCAUUGGGAACCUUCCCUUCAGUGUGUCCACUCCUCUCAUCAUCAUGUGGCUGGAGAACAUAUCCAACAGAACUGGACCCUUUGUUUACGGCCGGACCAGACUGACCCUUACCUUUCAGAAAGAGGUGGCAGAGAGGUUGAUAGCCAGCACAGCCAGCAGGCAGAGGAGUCGUCUGUCCAUCAUGGCCCAGUACCUCUGUGCUGUCAAGAGCUGCUUCACCAUCCCAGGACGAGCCUUCAUCCCCAAACCUGAGGUGGACGUGGGGGUGGUGCACUUCACCCCUCUGGCUCAGCCCCAAAUCAAGCAGCCCUUCAAGCUGGUGGAGAAAGUAGUCAGGAAUGUCUUCCAAUUCCGGAGAAAGCACUGCCGCAAAGGAAUCGAAAUGCUGUUCCCGGAGACAGAGAGGCUGGAGCUGGCAAAGGUGAUGAUGCAUGAGGCAGACGUGGACCCCACCCUGCGCCCCACGGAGCUCUCCAUCCCUGACAUCAGAGCCCUGGCACACGCCUACAGCCGCCUCUGCUCUGAGAACCAGGGCCUCCUCACCUACGACUUCAGAGAGGAACUCAGACUCAAACACCAUAACAGGCGAUCAGGCAGCAGCACUCAGCAGCCCCUGACAGAGAGAGAAGCUAGGAGGACAGAGAGAGAGUCUAGGAGGACCGAGGGGAAGGAGUGCCUAAUGGUCUCUGUUAGAGACGAGACAACAGACUGCUCUUAGCUCUAACAUUUCUACCUGGCACACGCAUGCAUUUUUAAACACAAUUUCUCUGGUGUCCCGGGGGUGCUGAGUGAGACACAGGGAAUCUCUGGUGUCCCGGGGGUGCUGGGUGAGACACAGGGAAUCUCUGGUGUCCCGGGGGUGCUGGGUGAGACACAGGGAAUCUCUGGUGUCCCGGGUGAGACACAGGGAAUCUCUGGUGUCCUGGAGGUGCUGGGUGAGACACAGGGAAUCUCUGGUGUCCCGGAUGUGAUAGAAUAGAGAGGGACUGUGGUGGAAACGGGGGAGAGCUGAACACUGGCUGGGGUUGGGGACAUUUGGCAUUGGUCCAAACUGGAGUAGCUAACACACAGCUCAGGCACUCCAGUCCAGUUGUAAAGGAAGAACAGUGUGUGAAAUGACCAGCAGGAGAGUUUUAAGUGGUGAGAAGAGUUUGUAAUGCUCAACCCAUCACGCACCAUGUCCUGGUUCUUACUUCUGAUCCUGAUUUUCCCAUAUGACUUUGUCCUCUGGGAAAUGAGUCCGGAAACAUUUUCAGGACGAUUUGGAGAAUAAGAACACGUUGAUGGUAUUCAGGCCAUUCCGCCUCCUUUUUGUCUCACUCACUGGGGGUGUGGAGUGGAGUGGGAAGUGCUGUUGAAAAAUUGGCAGCUCCUGAUAGGGCUACUAAAAUCCUGAGUGUCUUGUUAAAGUGCUGGCCAUCUGUUUUGAAAUGUUUUGUCAGUGAUGAUGGAACAAUGUUACUGUUUCAUUAAUAUGUUCCUACAGAUUACACCAACAUGUUUCUUC